CCACAAUGCAUUGUUCAGCAUGGCUGCUCCCUGUUGUCGGCGUGUGUGUAAACAGUCGUAGCCAAAAGAAGAAACCAAUUGUAGUUUUAAUGAGUCAUUUAAAUCUCACGACCACCUUUGGAAUACAAUUAAUUAACGUCACGUAUCAAGGAACAAGGCAAAGAUGAAGAUUAAAUCCAAGUCUUCGUAUCACAAAUCUGAGAACACCUACAGGUUUCUCACUUUUGCUGAAAGACUUGCCAAUGUUAACAUUGACGUCAUCCAUCGCAUUGACAGGACUGGGUCUUAUGCAGAGGAAGUAGAAACAUACUUUUCUGAAGGGCUGACAAAAUGGAGAGACCUCAACUUGACCGAGCAUUUCACUACAUUUUUGAAAGAGGUUUCAAACCAGAGCCAGUCAUUCAACAUGCUGGUUUUCCAUCAGAAGUCGAUAGUGGAGAGUCUGAAAACGCACCUGGCUGUCAAGAACAGUCUGGCCUACCAGCCACUGCUGGAUCUGGUGGUGCAGCUGGCCAGAGACCUGCAGACUGACUUCUACCCCCACUUCCCCGACUUCUUCGUUCUGAUCACCUCGCUGCUGGACACCAAGGACACAGAGGUCCUGGAGUGGGCUUUCACCUGUCUCUCCUACCUCUACAAGUACCUGUGGAGGCUCAUGGUGAAGGACAUGACCAACAUCUACAGUUUAUACAGCACACUGUUGGAGCACAAGAAAGAGCACAUCCGCAAGUUUGCAGCAGAGAGCUUCUCUUUUCUGAUGAGAAAGGUUCCAGAUCUUGAUGCCCUGCUGAGUUAUGUGUUCUCAGACCUGCAGCAGCACCCCGACAAGGCGGAGGGAGCAGGUCAACUGCUGUUCGAAAUGUGCAAAGGAGUCCGAAACAUGUUUCACUCCUGCGCUGCAAAUGCUCUCCCUGUAGCUUUGCGUAAGCUCGGACCCUCGACCAACCCAGGAGCCUCUCUGCCGUGGGACACUGUUAGGGACGCUUUGGAUCACAUGGCCCAGGCUGCAGCCAAUCACAUUGACAGAGAACACUUCCUGGUUUUGUGGGAGUCCUUACAGGUCAGCGUGGUGGAGGUUCUGGGUGUUAUGGAGGUGAAAGGAAAAGAGGCAGCCGAGCAGCUGGAGAGGCUGCUGUUCAUUCUCCACACCCUGGUGUCCCACAAGGACGGAGUAAAGAUCACCAAGCCGGAGGCUGUCUGCCAGACGGUGUUGCGGCUGAUUCAGAGCUCGUCUCUGUCGGCUUCUUGUUCCCGUCUGCUCCUCCAGAUCGCCUCCUCUCUGCUCCUCGGGGAGAACGUCACCCUGCCCAAAGCACUCAUCCAGGAGACGGUCCAAAAGGUGUUUGGCAGCACAAUGGGGCAAGAUGUGAUACUGGAGUUCACCAAGGAGAUGUUCACCAUGAAACAGUUUGAACAGCUCUUCCUCCCCAGCCUGUUGCGCUUCACCGCUGGGUUGUUCGGCUGCAGCGAUCCCCUGUCUCGCCACUGUGGCCUGGAUACACUGGUCAGUCUGAUCCUCGCCAAAGCCCCGCCCCCCACAGACGGCUCCAUGGCCUUUGAAACCUAUCCCCUGCUCUUCACCGGCCAGACCACAGGCAGAGUGUUCAGCAGUAAGGAGGCAGGUGAGGCCAGCAGUGCAACAUCAGAGCAGCCUGCGGUGCCAGAGCUGGUGCUUUCGCUGAUCCAAUUUCCUGAGGAGCAGGACCAAUCCAUCUCGGACCUGUCGCUGCCUUGGGCCGCCCUGGUGCUUUUGCCACACCUCAGGCCCAUUGCUCCAGCUAGCGUUGUUCCCGCUGUGACUGCUUACUUAAACCACCUCCUGUGUGAGAUUGAGACAGAGAAACUGGGAAAAGCUGGUCUGUUUGUAGCCAGACAGGCCCUGAGCUGCCUCCUCACUCUGGACGGCUCUGCCCAGCUUCUCUCACUGGUCACUGUGGACAAGAUCAACUCAAUACUACGGAGGUUUCCCACUGACCUGUCGGCCCUGCUGCUAGGAGACCUGUACUACACCCGCCUGUCACUCAGCGGCGUUUCAGAGCACCUAUCCCACAGUGCACUGCUGGAGCUCCACCAGAUACUGCACGCCAACCUCUCCUCCAACAUCUCCAAGAUCCGCCUGCUGACUCUAAGGAUUCUCUCUCAGUUUGAGGCAGAGCUCCCUCCACAGACUGAGGGUGAGGAGAAUGUGGAGGUGCAGCCGGUGUUUGCAGUUUGCCUGCAGGCGGAGCUGGUGCCGGCUUCGGUGCAGGACUACAGAGACAAGCUGCUUCACCUCCGGAAGCUGAGACACGACCUGGUGCAGCGCAGUCUGCCUCAGGGGCCGCCCGGCACCUUCCAGCAGGUGCCCCUGCGUUACCUCAUCGCAAUGCUGUUUGUCAACUUCAGGCCACUGUGGGACGCAGUCAUUGAACUUCUCGUGAGCCAUGCCAGAGGGAUGGACAACAAGGACUUCUGGAGGGUCUACCAUGAACAACUGGAGAAGGUGGCGGGGCUGGCUGAAAAAGAAUUGCAGGAGAGCGCCGAGGAUGAUGAAGAGGAAGAGUGUGGUCUUCAGGGCGAGCCGGGCUGCGACGUCAUUGAAAGCGGAGACAUGGGGGUGCUGUUCCUAGAGCAGCUGAAGUUGACAUCCAACCCCAACGAGAGGACGGACUUCCCUAACUUCCGCAGCCUGCUGUGGCGCUGCAUGACGGAGUUUCCUGACAGAGUGGAGCCACGUAGCCGGGAGCUGAGCCCGCUGCUGCUCAGGUUCAUCAGGAAUGAGUUUUACCCCGCCGACCUGCUGGUGGCACCCACUCAGGACUUGAGGAAGGUGAGUGACGCUGCCCUAGAGGAGUCUGGGAUGGCUGUGGAGGAAGAGGAGGAAGAGGAGCAGGAGGUGCAGGAGGGAGGCAGACAACAGAGGAAGGCUCUUCCAAGGAGAGCUGCUGCAAAACAGCUGAUUGUCCAUCUAAAGGUGUUCGCCAAAUUCACCAACCCUCGCUCCCUCUACAUGGAGAGCAGCCUCAGCGAGCUCUAUAACCAGUUGCUCUGCCAUCAGGACCAGCAGAUCCAGCGAGUGGCACUGGAAUGUGUUCUCACAUACAAAGACUCCAACAUAGUGCCAUACAAGGAGAAUCUCGAGAGGCUACUGGACGACAAACACUUCAAAGAGGAGAUUGUUCAUUUCAACAUUACUGAGGAAACGGGAGUGGUUAAUGCUUCACACAGAGCCAAACUCAUCCCACUGCUCAUGAGGAUCCUGUUUGGCCGUCUGCGCAGUAAAGCAGGGAGUAAGUUUCAGGGGAAGGCGAGCGCCGCCACCCGGUCCUCCAUUAUCCUGCGUUUCCUGGCAGGUUGCCAAGCUGAGGAGCUGGGAAUAUUCAUCAACCUGCUGCUGGAGCCCGUCUGCCAUCACAGCCAAGGUUCGUGCGUGGCGGCAGUGGAGAAAGCCGUAGCGGAGACGGACGUGGCUGCCGUCCUGCCGCUGGGCCGUCAGCACAGCCUGCUGAACAUCAUCAAUGUGCUGAUCCAGAAACUGGGCCACCUCAUCCACAUCUACCUGCCCAAGGUGCUGCAGAUCCUGCUGUGUGUCACCGCCUCUGUGUCCACCCUCCUGGACAACAACAGGGACCAGCUGCGAGCGGGUUGCAUCAGUCCCCUGAAGAACCUGAGGCGACUCGGUAUCCUGAGGAUCCAGGACUUUUUUGACGGCUUCGACUCCUACAGCUUCAGUGAAGACGAGCUGGAUGCGGUCUUCCAGGCUGUGAUCUGGCCUCAGGUGUGUCGCCUCCCCACAGAGAGCCCUUACUCCCCCACUCCUCUACUGAAACUCAUCCAUGUGUGGUGCAAAAAUGCCAGGUACUUCCCCCUCUUGGCCAAACAGAGGCCAAACCAGCCGGAGUGCGAUGUUCUCCUUAACGUCUUCAGCCUCCUCUCAGCCAAAAAUGCUUCCCCGGUGACCAUCGCCAUGGUAAUGGACAUAGCUGAGUCCCUAGCGACCGCUGAAGACUUUGUUGCCUCAGAGGCCGAGACAGAGCUGAGCGUCAACGGCUGUGUGUUCCCGGAGCCUAAAGAGGGUGCUCUCGUCACUGCAGACUCAUUAAGCAAGGGCUCCAGAGUGCUGCUGCCUCACGUAUCCACGCUGCUGCAGUACCUCAGCGGAGUCGUACGCAACACCGACCGACUCAGGAAGAAGAAGUUCAGGGCACACGUGGCCAAGGAGCUCAACAUCCUCUCCAAGGUCAGUCGAUUUGUGAGUGACAAGGAGCAGAGCUCGGUGCUCAUCAGCCUGUUGCUGCCCUACCUCCAGAAAUGCCACAAUCCUGAAGAGACAGAAAUCGACGUCCUGGCCACAGUGCAGAACCUGCUGCGACAGUGUGUGCAGCCCUCGGCCUUCCUGCGGCCGCUCAGCAAACUCUUCUCCAUCAUCCACAACAAGCUGCCCAGGCAGGCCCUCACUAAUGUCUUCCAGACUCUGUCAGAUCUGGAGCCUUCACUCACGUACAUCACUGAUUUAGCAACAAAGUUAAACGCGUUCGACAGUCGACACUUGGAUGAGAUCUACUUUGACGUGCGUCUGGCGGCGUUCCAAGACGCCACCAGGCGAGUCAAAGACAUGACGACUCUGGACCUGGACUACAUCAGCACCAUCAUGCACAACUGCUUCCACACCUUCGAGAUUGGUGACAUGUCGCUGGGAGACAACGCCACCUUGUGUCUGUCGGCAGUGAUCACCCAGCUGGCGGCGGUCGGGGCUGGAGAGCAGCUCUACAAGGACAUCGUCCAACACACCAUCCUGGACGCUGUACACAAGGGGCUUCGCAGCAAGACAGAGAGCGUGCAGCAUGAAUACACGUCGGUGCUGGCCUGUCUGGUGAAGACCUUUCCUACCAGGAAGGAGUUCAGAGACCUGGUGCAGCUCACCAACUACAGUGACCUCGAGUCUGACUUCUUUGAGCACAUGAAGCACAUCCAGAUCCACCGUCGGGGCCGUGCCCUCAGGAAGUUAGCCAAGCAGCUGACCGAGGGCCAGGUGGUGAUGACACCGCGUUCCCUCCAGAAUUACAUCAUGCCGUACGCCAUGACCGCCCUGCUAGAUGAGAAGAUGCUCAAGCAUGAGAGCAUGAUCUCGGCGUCGGUGGAGGUGGUGGGCGCCGUGUGUCGGAGGCUGACGUGGUCCAAGUACCUGUACUACCUCAAACACUUUGUCCACAUCCUGCAGACAGGGCAGGCUGAGCAGAAACUGGCUGCCAGUUUGCUGGUCACAGUGCUGGAGGCUUUCCAUUUUGACCACGAGACCCUCAACAGAGAAAUGGAGGCUGCCAAGGCCAGAGAGGCCGGCAGUGUUGCAGUGGAAGCAGAUGAUGAUGAUGAGGAGCAAGCUGCAGCCGACGAAUCGGACGCAAGCGACGAUGAGGAGGCGAUGCAGGUGGGCGGUGAGACCGCUCCAUCGGAUGUCCCCAUGGAAACGGACCCCACCAGUGGAGGAAAAGAGGUCCUCUCUAAGGAAGCAGCCACCUCUGAAGCCAAGGGGCCAGCAGCUCCUUCGAAGCCCAGCGCAGUGGCCAGCGGGCUGCCGCAGAGCAAGGAGGAGCUGGAGUCUCUGAUCAGCGGCAUCCACACCACUGUUAGUAACAGCGUGCUGCCUCGCCUGCACAAGUGUCUCACUGCAAAGAUAAAGCGGGACGAUGAGCACAAAGCAGUGAAGUCAAAGGAUGUGAAGGAUGAGGAGGUGGCGAGGAUACCGAUAGCCUUCGCCAUGAUCAAGCUGAUGCAGUCUCUGCCUAUACACAUCAUGGAGGCCAACCUGCCUGGGAUCCUGAUCAAGGUGUGUGUGGUGCUGAGGAACCGCUUCCAGGAGAUCCGAGACGUGGGCGUAGGGAAACGUGGGGAAAAAACCCCCCCUUUUGGGGCCCCUGCCCCCGCCUGCCCCCCCCCCAAAGAGAUGCAGGGGCUCCUGGCCAAGGGCUACCAGGUCCAUGUGCUAACAUUCACAGUAUACCAGCUGCUGUCCGUCCUCAGUCCGACCCUGAAGAGUGGAGACCUGGACCCAUGCAUGAACAUGCUCAUCGAUAUCUUCAACAACGAGCUGUUCGGGCCCGUGGCCGAGGAGAAGGAGGUGAAGGGGAUCGUCUCCAAGCUGAUGGAGGCGCGACACAGCAAGAGCAUGGACUCCUACGAGCUGCUGGCCCAGUUUUGCAGCAAGGAGAGCGUCACCAAGUUCAUUUUGCCACUCAAGGAGAUUCUGGAGAAUUCCUGCAGUCUGAAGGUGUGUAACCGGGUGAGCGCCGUGCUGCGGCGGCUGGUCCUGGGUCUGCUCGUCAACGAGGGCAUGACUGCUCAUGAUAUCUUGCUGCUGUGCCACAGCCUGGUCAGCCAGAGUCUGCCGCUGCUCACCAAGAGAGACCGAGAGAGAGCCUCAGCUAAGCCUCCCCCAGACCCCCGACUGCCUCCUCCCAGCUGUCUGCUCCUGCCUCCGACUCCAAAGAGAGGGGGUCAGAAAGCUCCAGUCAGCAGCCGGACCAACAUGCAUAUCCUGGUGGACGCUGGCCUCAAGCUGCUCCACCUGAGUCUGAAGAAAUCUAAAGUGUCGUCGUCCGAGGCCUCGGCGCUGGAGAUGCUGGAUCCUUUCGUACUGCUGCUGCUCGACUGCCUCAACUCCAUGCAUGUCAAGGUGAUCACAGAGGCUCUGGUGGCGUUCACUUGGCUGUUAAAGUUCCCUCUGCCAGCAGUGGAGCAGAACGCCGACCAGCUGACUAAGCACCUCUUUGUCCUGCUGAAGGAUUACUCCAAGGCCGGAGCCGCCCGCGGGGAGAACUACAACCUGGUCCAGAACUGCUUCAAGGCCAUCACCAUACUGGUGAAGAAUGUCAAAAGCAACCAGAUCUCCGAGACACAGCUGCAGGUGCUGCUGGGAUACGCCGAGGAGGACAUCUAUGACCAGUCUCGCCAGGCCACCGCCUUCGGCCUGCUGAAGGCGAUUCUGUCCAGGAAGCUCAUUGUUCCAGAGAUGGAGCAGGUGAUGAAAAAAGUGGCCAAGCUUUCUGUCACCGGCAGCAACGCUAUGAUCAGAAUCCACUGUCGACAGAUCUAUCUGAAAUACCUGCUGGACUACCCACUGGGGAAGAAGCUGAGAGAGCACCUGGACUUUGUGGUGGCCCAGCUGCCCUAUGAGCACGACACAGGCAGGGAGUCUGUGCUGGAGAUGCUGGCCUACAUCUUCCAGACUUUCCCUCAGAAACUGCUGCUGCAGCACAGCGGCCUGUUCUUCGCCCCGCUGGCCCUGGUCGUGGUCAACGAUGACUCGGCGCGCUGCAAGAAGAUGGCCGCCAUGGCCAUCAAGACGCUGCUGACCCAGCUGGACUUGAAUAACCAGAACACCCUGUUCUCCCUCGUCAACACUUGGCUAAAUGCAGAGAAGGCCAGCCUGCGGCGUCUCGGGGCUCAGGUUUGCGGUCUGUUCGUGGAGGUGGAGGAGGAGAGGUUUGCCCGUCGCAUGGACGACCUGCUGCCUCUGCUGGAGAAAGAGAUAAACCCCGACAACUACGAAGAUAUCGAGGAGGAGCAGGAUGAGAGGGGAGCAGACAGGCUGCUGUUCAGUUUUCUGACUCUCAUCACCAAACUGAGCCAACACUGCGGCCUGCUGGAGCUCAGCAAGCCUCACGACACACUCAGUCGUAUCUGGGGUCACAUCGAAGCCCACCUGCGGUACCCCCACUGCUGGGUGUGGCUGACCGCCUCGCAGCUUUUUGGUCAGCUGUUUGCAGCCCAUCAGGCGGAGCAGCUGGUUGCUCUCUGGAGAGGAGAGGAAGUGGAUGCUUCCCCUCUGUCACCAGCCACAGCCUUCAUCACCAGCAGACUGGACAAGAGGAUGAGAGAGUUGGCGUUAUCUUUCUGUCAUCAGCUACAGUCCAAGUUCCUAGACACAGCGUCAGGAGAGCAGGUGAUCAAGAACCUGCUGUUCGUCGGCAAGGUGAUAUACCUAGUUUCCCCCGAGUCUGACAUCACGCCUCCUCAGGAAGAAGUGGAGGAGGUGGAAGAAGAAGAUGACAAGGAUGAUCGGCCUCCCUCCCUUCUGUGGUUGAUGAAGAAGCUGUCGCUGAUGGCCAAGAGAGAGGCAGCAUACACUCCCAAAGUUCCUCUGAAGAGAACAUGUGUGUUUAAGUUCCUGGGCGCGAUAGCCAUGGACCUGGGGAAGGAGCGACUGGGCCCCUAUCUGGCCACCAUCAUCACUCCUCUAUACAGGGAGCUGGACAGUACCUAUGCUGACCAAGAUCCCACCCUGAAGAACCUGGCACAGGAGCUGAUAGAGCUGCUGAAGAGACACGUGGGGCUGGAGAGAUUCUCUCUGGCCUUCUCUGCUGUCCAGAAGGAGUUUUCACAGAGGCGAGCGACACGCAAACGGCACAGAGCCAUGCAGGCGGUGGCUAACCCAGAGAUCGCAGCCAAGAAGAAACUCAAGAAGCACAAGAACAAAAUCGAAGCAAAGAAGAGGAAGAUAGAGUUCCUUCGGCCCGGAUACAAAGCCAAGAAGCACCGGAGCCACGCGCUCAAAGACCUGGCCAUGGUGCAGUGAGUCCUGGGAUUUAGCAGGCAGGCAUUAGCUAGACAUCUUGUGGGCUAACUAGCUGCAGGUUCCAGUCUUACUUUAUGCUGUUGCACAAUGACUCUACUUGUGAAAACCCCAACUAACCCUGCAGAAUGAUAAUCUAAUCCAUUUCUUCUGUUAUGUAUCCAACAGCCUCUAAAAAGGAAUUAGAAAUCAAGUAACAGCUGUUACACAGCAGGAUUUCUCUGUAUAGCUUCGCUAAUGAGUUCAUUCAGUUCAGUUCCUAUGAACUAUUUUUUAUUUUCCUGCUGUGAAUGAAGUGUCGAAUUCUCCUCAGAUUUAUAUCCUGUGAAAUUAAAUGUACAACUUUUUGUAAGUAAAGAAACAAAGACAUUUUUACCAA